AUGGUCUUCAUGAAACCUGAAAGUGCUCUUCGCCGUGCCGAAGAAUUGAUUGAUGUCGGUAAAAAACAACGCGCUUUGGAAACACUUUUCGAGGUGAUUACAUCUCGUCGCCAUCGAACAUGGACGAAAACGCACGAACCGUUAAUGGAAAAGUUCUUGGAAUUAUGCGUGGAAUUGAAGAAAAGUCAACUUGCCAAAGAUGGUCUUCAUCAAUAUAAGACAAUUUCACAAACAGUAUCAGUUAAAUCGCUCGAAGAUGUCAUCAUGAAAUUCCUUAAACUAGGUGAACAACGCUGUUCCGAAGCACGACAAGCAGCUACGAACGCUCUUGUUGAUAUUGAUGAUUUGGAAGUCAUCCAAACACCAGAAAGUCUCUUACUGAGUGCCGUUAGUGGCGAAUCGCAACAAGAUCGUACCGAUCGUGACAUGCUCGCACCAUGGUUGAAAUUCGUAUGGGAAUCCUACAAACAAUGCUUAGAUUUGUUGAAAAACAAUAAUCGUGUCGAAAAGAUCUAUCAAGAAGUUGCUCAAAUGGGUUUUCGUUUUUGUCAACAAUACAACCGUCGACCUGAAUUCCGAAAACUGUGCGACACGAUUCGAACACAUUUUCAACAAUCACAAAAAUAUUCGCAACAAAUGUAUAGUGUGAACUUCCAAUUGCCUGAAACACAAGCAUUACAUUUGGAAACACGUUUAGUUCAACUCGAUACGGCUAUUGCGAUGGAACUGUGGCAGGAAGCCUUCAAAGCUGUAGAAGAUAUUCAUGCUUUUACAACUAUUUCCAAGAAGACACCGCGACCUCAACAACUUGCUUCAUAUUACAGUAAAGUGGCUCUCGUUUUCUGGAAAGCUGGAAAUUAUGUUUUUCAUGCCACUACUGUUCUUAAACUCUAUGUUUUACAUCGAGAACAAAAGAAAAAUAUCACCCAUGCUGAAUUAAGUCGUUUAUCAACAAAAGCAUUACUCUCCAUUCUUUCGAUUCCAUUACCAACACCACGAACACAAAUCGAUGAGCACUUAGAAACAGAAGAAACAACAAAUGAAAAACAAAAACGUCUUACAAGUCUAUUGUCUUUACAACAAAUUCCAACUCGUGCUAGUCUUAUUCGUGACAUGAUUAAACAAGGUGUUUUGAACUUCGUCUAUCCGGAAUUGAAAAACAUGUAUGAAUGGUUAGAAGUCGAAUUCAAUCCAUUGAAAUUAUCGAAGAAAAUGGAAGAAAGCAUUGAUUUCAUUGAAAAACUUGCUCAACCGGAAUAUUCUCAAUACAUGCCUGCAUUACGUGACGUCACUGUUGUUCGUCUGCUUCAACAAAUUUCUCAAGUUUAUCGAACCAUCGAAUUGAAACGUUUUAUUGAUCUUGCACCUGCAAUCGAUAAACACCGAUUGGAAAAAAUCAUUGUCAAUGCUGCUAAAAACAACGAUGUCCAAGUUCGCAUCGAGCACAAAGCGAAAGCGUUAACGUUCGGUACGGAUUUGAAUUUAUCAGCUGGCCAACCUUCGGAUAAUCAAAUGGCAUCGAAGAGCAGCGUUCUUCAAAAGAUGCCAAAUGAACAAAUACGUAAUCAAUUAAUGGCGAUUUCGCGAUCAGUAUAUGCAUCUAUGGAAAUCAUUAAUGAGAAGGGAAAUAAAGAACGUAAUGAUAAAUUGAAACAAGACAUUGCUCGAACUUACUAUCGAGAUGAAGUCAAUCAAAGAAAGGAAAUCUUGAGACGACGAGAACUUAUUGAACGUUACAAAGAAGAAAAAGAGACGGAAUCAAGAAAUAAACUUCGCGAACGGGAAAUCGUUUCUCGUCAUCAAGAAGAUGAACGUGUCAAGGAAGAUGAAAAUCGUCGUAAAGCCGAGCAAGCACGUCGAAAGGCUGAAGCAGCGUUGGAACGUGAAAAAGAAGAGCACAGGUUGAAUAUGAAGAUCGCAAUUGAUAAAUUACGUGAAUCCGAAAUAGGCCGUCGAAUUAUCGAACUUAUCGGUGAUGAAGAAUUGUAUAAAUACGAUCCGGAAUCAUUGAAUUCGUUACAUAUCGAUGCUGUUAUCAAACAUAGUCGUGAACAGAAAGAAAAAUUGAAAGUUCAAUAUAAGAAAGUUGACUAUUUCGUUCGUGCGUUACACGAAGCUGACGUUCCUCUUAUUUCACAACUAAGUGAAACUGAAUCCCAACGUCGACGUGAAAUCCAACAAAGUGAACGUGAAAAUGCCAUCGAACGACGUGAACGUCUCAAACGAAUGGAAGAUGAUAAGUCAGCUUUUCUUCAAUCGAUUCGUGGCCAACGACAUGAAGAUUUCAUGGCUAAGAAGAAAGAAUUUGAACAACGCUUGAGCGUUGUUCGUCAGCAACGCUUGGAACAAAUACGUAAAGAACAUGCCGAAAAGAGAAAACAAGAAUGGCGAAAACAGAAACAGGUGGAAAAAGAAGCGAAAUUACGACGUCAAGAAGAAAAACGUUUGGCUGAUGCACGAGCUCUAGCUAGAGCAAGAGAUGAGAAAUUAAAUGCUCAAUCACAAAUUCAACGUCAACGUGAUGAAGAAAUCCAACGUCGCAUCGAAGCGGAGAAGAAUGCGUCACAGAGUGGUUCAAAUACAGCUCGACGUACUGCUCCUGUGGAAAAGGAUAAGACUGAUAGUCGACCAUGGCGAUCAGCACGUGAUCACGGUGAUAAUCCACCUUCGGCUACUGAUUCCAAAGGUAGUUGGCGCAAUCGAACUGAUGAUCAACGUGUACGAAACCCUGAUCGACGUACCGACGAACCACCAGCGAAUAAAACCUCAUCAAGUGAUUCAUGGAAACCAAGAGCAAGACCUGAACCAGUAGACCGUGAUGACAGACGCGUAUCAUCUCAGCAACAAUCAUCACCAUCAUCCGAACGGUGGACGGAGCGAAAUUCAGAAACAGCAAGUAGUUGGCGAACAGUUGGAAAGAAACAAACUAAUCCCAGUUCUCGAACUGAGAAUGAACGUCCAUCACAACAGCGUUCCGGAGAAUCAUCGGGAGCAUCGAGUGGCGCCUGGCGACCCAGACAACGUAUGGCUGAUGAAGCACGAGACACUGUUCGAAGUGGACCACCACCGUCGGAAAAUUGGGGACGAGCAGAUGCUAACAGCAACUGGCGCACACGAGAAAAGAAACGUUUAAACAGUUGGCGUGCCAAUGACAGCGAUGAUGAAAACGAACGUCCUCCCUCGGAUAAUAAUCGUCGAACUGGCGGCAAUUGA